AUGAGCCUUGAAAGAAGCGCCAAACGAAGGGUCAAAACUGACGACGACUAUUAUUAUGACACCUUAGAUGAGCCAGAAACUCCUCCUUCAGAAAAGAGAAAGAAAAGAGCUAAAGGGGCAAAAUAUGAUAAUGAGAAGCAUGACAACUCGCUUGGAGUUUUAACCAAACAGUUCGUAGAAUUGAUCCAAAAACAAGACAAGCAUUGUAUUGAUCUUAAUGAAGCUGUAAAACAUUUAAAGGUCCAAAAACGCAGAAUUUAUGACAUAACAAAUGUCCUUGAGGGUAUCGGACUCAUUCUUAGACUUAAACUUAUUACUGCUUGGUUGGAUUGCCUAUUGUAAUGCAGUCAUAAAGAUCCCUGCAUAAUUCAUCCUCUUGUGAUGUGUCAUCAGGGAUAACUUGCCUGAAUGAGAUGAUGAUUCAGUGAGUAGCCAAGACUAGAACACCAACAUUCUUCUUCAUCGCUUGAUGGCAUGGCACCUAUGAAGCAGAGUUCUAUAUCUCCAUCUCUUCUUAGCCUUGUCGGCUCCAGUGUUUGAGUGGGGAAAGCUAUGGACUUCUGUGGCUUGCUGCUAGGGUUGAACGAAGUUGCCCGCACAAAAAUCCUAAAAAAUGGAAUUUCUGGUCAAUUCUCGGAAAAAUACAAAGUCUAGGAGUAACACUCAGUCUCACUUAGGAAGUUGCUUGAAUAGCCUAGGCAUUUUCUAUAGACUAUGCUGGGUUUUCCCUUUCCAGCCCUGAACCCUUAUCGUCAAGGUAAAAUCCAAUCCUGAAAGCUAGGCUCUUAAUAUUAUCAGAAUUGCUUACAUAGCUGUCCAUUUCUGGGCUGACAAAACCUUGCCAGAUAUAAUAAAUCUGUUCUUAAAAUUGCAUUGCCUCCAGCAAUGUGAGAGCGGAGACGCCAUAUUUAGUUAUAUGUAUCGGACUCAUUCAAAAAACUAAUAAAAAUAAAAUCCAAUGAACAGGGAACUGUGAGGGUUACGAGGACACCUUGACGUCAGAAUUGAGAGAAAUUAAUAAUGAGCUGCAAGAAUUGGAACAGGAAGAAAGAAAUUUAGAUGGAUGAAAAGCACAGAUCCAAGAUUUAAUGAAUCAAUUAACGAAAGAUGCAAGCUAUGAAAAAUAUGCGUAUAUUACCAAUGAAGAUAUUAAAUCGCUCCCGAAUUUGACAAAUCAUAGUAAUGAAGGGGUGUCUAUGAAAAGCUCCAAGAGAAACUACAGAAUUUAAUAUAAAAAAUGAUUUCAAUUUUUUAAUUCUUUUUUUUAUAUAAUUUACAAUGAUUUUUUCCAAUAAUUUAGCAUGAGAAUUGUAUCGCAGUCAUAAUGAAGCAUUAAUUGCAAUUAGAGCUCCUACUGGGACAAGUUUAGAAGUACCAGAUGCAGAAAGUUUUCCACCUGAAGAAAGAGAGAAGUACCAAAUUCAUUUGAAUAGCAGGGUUGGGGAAAUUAUGGUCUACAUGAUUUCGAAUGAUAAAUUAAAUUUUGAAGAAAGUAGGCAAAGUUUCCCAUUUAGGAUUCCUGCAAGCAGAAACAUUGAAAGAAUGCAAGAUGAAAAUGAAAUUUUUGGGAAUUUCCAUUAUGAAAACCAUUAA